UUCCAACAGAUUUCAAUCGCAUGCUUCUUCCAUUCCACUGAUUUCUUCACCAAAUUGGAUCGAGAUUUCUGGAAAAAAAAAAUGGAAACCCUAAUCACAUCUCACUCUGUUUCAUGUCUCAAUUUGAAAAACCCUUUAAUAAGUUCCCAAUUUCCCCAAUCAUUCUUCCAUCUUAGACCUAAUUUCCCCCCUUUUCAACCCUCUGCGAAGCUACAAUUCUGUGUUAAUGAUGAACUUAGAUCGAUUUCACACAAGCGAUUUGGAGCUUCGAUUAGGGCUUCCAUGGCGACUGAUCAAAUCACUGCAACUGAUGAUGGAAUUCGAUGGCUUCUUGAGCCUGUAGGUGAUGGAGAUUCAAGACAUAUCGGUUUUAAGGUUGCUAUGCCAUCCGCAUUUGAGAUAGCAUCCAGCGAGGUGACCAUUGGACGUGUUCCUGAGAAAGCCGAUAUAGUAAUCCCGGUUGCAACAGUAUCCGGUACGCACGCCCGAUUGCAGAAGAAAGGCGGUGAUCUUUUGGUGACGGAUUUGGGCAGCACGAAUGGUACAUUUAUUGACGAAAAACGGCUUACGCCUGGUGUGCCUUCCGUUAUUCCUCCCGGGAGAUACGUUACAUUCGGUGACACCAAUUUGGCUAUUUUUCGUGUUUCAAAGGUUAAAAUUGUGAAAUCAAACGACCGUGAACCUACGGUCGAAUUAGAGACGGAAGGUGCAAGUAGUAUUGUGGAGAACACAAGUCAAAACGUAUAAAAUUGUGUUGAUUUAUACGUCGACUUGUUGGAUAACUCGUGCAUGGUUUGGCUUAAACCGAAAUUUGGCUGGUUUGGCCGGUUUCUAUUUAGUUUGUAGGUUUAAAUUUUUUGAAACCGAGUCUUUCGGUUCAGUUUGUAUCGAGAAACCGACCAUUUUAACCGAACCAAACCAUAUAUUAAAAUUGUUAAUAGGCAUUGGCAUAUAGUUUAAUGGUUA